AUGCCUUCCUCAUCACAAAAGCAGUCAUCACCCAUAACUCCUACUCCAUUGUCGUCUACAUCUUCUGCUAUACCUACCGAUUCUCACCCACCAAAACUCGAGCAAGAUAAAGUACGCACAUUAAAUCCUAUUUAUGCAGGAUUAGAUUGUCCUGCUUGUCAUAAACCGAUUGAAGGAUCUGUUGUAUCUGCCAUGAACGCAAUUUGGCAUGCGGGUUGCUUUAAAUGUCAUACCUGCCAGAAAACUUUAGAAAAUGAACAAUAUUUUGAAAAAGAUGGGAAGCCUUAUUGUAGUAGAGAUUAUCGAGAUUCAUUUAGUUUACGUUGUGACUAUUGCCAUGAGCCUAUUAUUCAGAAAUCAAUUAGCGCCCUAGGCAAGCAUUAUCAUGAAGGACAUUUUUGUUGUACAUUAUGUAAAAAGCCAUUUGGUAAUAAUAAUUCGUUCUUAUUACAUGAAGAAAAGCCUUAUUGUCAGGAGGAUUAUUUGAAAGUAUGCGGUAAGAAAUGUGGAGGAUGUGGAGAAUAUAUUUUAGGUGAAUAUGUGAAUGCCUUAGAUCAAAGUUGGCACAAGCAUUGUUUUACUUGUGCAGAUUGUAAAAAACCAUUUAGAAAUGGUACAUUUUUAGUACAUAAAAAUAGGCCUUAUUGUGAAGAACAUUACCAUCAUCAUCAACAACAACAGCAGCAGCAGCAACAACAACAACAACAACAACAACAAAAGAAAAUACCUCCACCUAUUCUUAAACCAAAGCCUAUUAUUCAACAAAAGAAAAGCACUACCACUAAUGAAACAAGGCUGAAUAAUGACGUUAAGAGAAAUGUGAAAAUCUGUCAUUAUUGUCAUGAUAUCAUUAAAGAGGCAUCUGCUAGUGCGCUUGGCCAAGACUAUCAUAUUCAUCACUUUCAAUGUUCUCGAUGUAAUAGACUGUUGUCUUCUCGAGUUCCAGGCAUGUGGCAAGGCGAUGAACACGGCGAACUAAUCUGCAAAAUGUGUGCUUUUAAUGAAAAAAAAAACCAGCAUUAA